AUGAUUAAAGGAAAAUUGAAUACUGCCGUUGAUAAAACUGUUGAUUUUGUUGAGAAAACAGAUCCUGCUCUUGAUAGUUUAGAAUUAAUUACUCACAUUGCUGAGGCAGCAUCAGUUGUUAUCCCUUACGUACAAUUCGUUCCGCUUGUUAAUGAAGUAUCCGAUAUUCUUAAUAAGGUUAUAGAUUUAUAUAAGACAGCCCAACAUAAUAAAAAUAUAACCAAAGUUUUGGUGGAACGAAUUAUUGCAGCAAGCUCCGCAGUUGAAAUGUUAAAAGCAAGAGAAGAUUUAUUUACUUUAAAAAAUUAUACAAGUUUACAAAGAUUAGUUGAAGUUCUUCAAAAAAUGAAAAAAUAUAUUGAAGGAAUCACUCAAUAUAAUACUGUACAAAAAUUUUUGGGGGCUAAAUUAAUCGAAAAACAAUUUAAAGAAUUAUGUAAGGAUUAUGAUAGCAGCAUUACCUUAUUAAGUUUUACCUUAACGGUUGAUUUUAAGAUUAAUUCGGAAAAAGAAGAUUUAAUUUUAAAGGAAGACAUUGAAGAACUUCUAAAGUUUCAAGCAGCUUUAGCGGAAAGUAUCGGCGAAGUGGAUAAGAAAAUAAGUCAUGUGGACGAAAAAAUCUCUGGAGCAAGUGACAAAGUGAACUUGGUUAUUGAGAAAGUCAGUGAAAUGCAAAUCACUAUGCAAAGUUUGAUAAAUAACCCAAAGAGUGAAAAACAAAAUCAAAACAGAAUUGAUACUAUCUUUAAUGAACCCCUACUUCCAUUCGAAGAUUAUGAAGAAGCUGAUGAGCCACCUCGAACUGUUAGACUAAGAAAAUAUGUCCACGUAAAAACUAAAGAAGAUUUUGCUUUUAAACGUGUGGAUAAAGAAAAUUAUAAUACAGUUAAAAAUCAAGUCACAAUUCUCAAAAAGCUAAAAGAUUGUCAAAAUAUUAUUCAUUUCUAUGGCCUUACUAAAGAUGAUAAAGAUGAUUUUCAUUCAGUAACCGAAUGGGCAGAAAAUAAGAAUUUACGUGAUUAUAUUAUUUCAUAUGGACAAAUUAUCGAGAUGAGAUUGAGAAUUAGAUUUGCUUAUGAUAUCGCUAAAGGGUUAAAUUUCCUUAACUCUGUCAAGAUCGUUCAUCGGGAUAUUAGAUCCGAAAAUAUCGUAAUUACAUAUAAUGAUGUUGCAAAGAUUACAAAUUUUAAGUUCAGUAGAGAUCAUAACGCAGCUACUAGUAAUCUAUCCGCAAAUAAAGAAACUAUUGUAUAUACUGCUCCUGAGCUGUUAAAAAGAAUUACAGAGGUAGCAGAACAAAACGAGAAUAAAAAACGAAUUGCAGAUGAUGAAGCAAAAAAAAAAUAUGAUACCAAAUGUGAAGUUUACAGUUUUGGUAUUCUUCUUUGGGAAAUUGCUGAAUGUAGAGUUCCGUAUGAUGGUAUUAGUGACUUUUUAGAAAUUACCAAACUAGUAAUAAGUGGACAUCGAGAACCCUUUACACCCGGUAUCGAUAUCCCAGAAAAAUAUAAAUCUCUCGUAAAUAAAGCUGUCGACCAAAAUCCGGGUCUGAGACCCAUAUUCGCAAAAAUGUUGACGGAUCUUCAAGAUAUCUUUAGUAAUUAUACUAAACCUACUGUCGGUACUUUGAAUAACGGUAGCGGUAGAUUUCCUCCAAAUACUCCAGUCCGAAAAAUGACUAGCAGCACGAUUGCGGCAGCAGAAGAAGAUUGUGUUAUUGAUUUCUAUAGUAUUAAUUUGAUGAGCCUUGACAAAGCAAUUGAAGAACACAAAAAAGACAGUAUGGAUAAACGUACAUUAUAUAAGUGUUUUGAUAAUUAUGCUAAAAUAGGUAAUCCAGGUGCAAAAUAUUGGAAAGCUUAUUAUAUCUUAAAAGAUUAUUCUGAUCUUGAUUGUUCUAAAAGUGAAAAAUAUAAAAUUGCUGCUGAACUUUACAAAGAAGCUGCAGAUUAUGGGGAUGAAUAUCCUGACGCGCAACUUCGUUAUGCGACAUUAGUUAUGCAAGGAAAAGGUGUUGAACCAAAUACGGAAGAGGCCGUGAACUAUUUUGUUAAAGCAGCUAAAAAUGAUCAUGUGGUAGCUAUGUUUAAUGUUUCUACUUAUUAUUUCUCUCAAGGUAAUGUAGAAUUAGGCAGAUAUUAUAUGAUGAUGGCCGCUAGUAAAAAAUAUGAGCAAGCAAUUAAGUAUUGCAAAGAUAAUAAAAUAACCUACUAG